AUGCCUUCGACACCCAGGAGCAGGUCGACGUCUCUCGCAACAACCCAGAAAGCAACGGAGACAGAGCCCCUUUCUUCAUCUGUGAUUGGCAACCAUGCCCUAAUCGCACUCCACGGUCCAUCACUGCCGACGAAGGGCGCUACGUGCCAAUCCGACGAGUCCAGCACCCCAGCGGCCCUGCACUCCGGUACGCUGGCACCUCGAGAUCCACAUCUUGCCACGUCACUCCUGCCCUGUCUCGACCUGCCUCCCCGGGCACCCGCAUCCCCCAACCUGUCGCCAGUACAGCCUACAGCGACCCCUCAAGCGAUCCCCCAGCCCUCCUUGGGGCCGCAGUUGGAAAGGCCUCCCAAGACCGAGCCCCGCGACACUCCACCGCAUUCUUGGGCCGGCUCGUCAUUAGCAGUCACCACCUCGACUUCAGUCCCUGUUCUAUGUCACCCCGCCUCCGGGCUUCCUCGAUCGUCUUCACUGCUGUCGUCGCCGCGAGGCCGCUCAAGCACUUGUUCCUCUCCUCCGUCCCCCUCGUCGCCGAUAAUGUCCUCUCCUGCUGCCGUCCCUAAUAAGAAGACGCUGAAGCUCCUCCUCCCGCUCCAAUAUGACGGAAAGUCGGUGGUCGAAUGCAACCACUUUAUCUCGCAGUUGCUCAUCUACUGGACAAUCAACACGGCCCUCUCUUUCCUCGAGCUGAAAAUCCAGGCCACCCCCAUCUUGUCCCAGCUUGCCUUUGUCCAAAUUGGGAUCCAGGGAGCGACGACCCCCUUCGCCGACAAAGCCGCCUUCCUUAAGGCAUUCAAGGCCUGCUUCGGCAAUCUUGACGACGCCGCCGCCGCACAAGUAGAGCUCACCAAGCUCUGCGCGGACAAGACCAUGCACGAGAAACGCACCACCGCCGAAUUCUCUGCGUUAUUCAAGGGUCCGGCAGACCACUCUGGGUAUGGUAACCUGGAGCUCCGCAACAAGUACCUGAGCGGCAUCCCCUCCCGAGUCUACUGGAAGAUCGAGCUCGAGACGUUCGCCAUGUGGCGAGAAGCCGACACGCGCGCCACCGCGGUCAAACAAAUCCUCGAUGACAAGCCUUACACAAAAUGCGCCGACGCACGGGCUACGGUUGCCUCGGGUUCCACCCAGGUGGUGACAAGCACCCCCAUCGCUUCAUCCUCGGCGAGUACAAGCGCCGCUUUAGCGAAAUCGGAUAGUUCCGAGCUGGCGGACUUGGUAGCACAGAUGAAGUCGAUGCGCAAGGAGCUUGAGCACUAUUGGGUGAUGAAGGAAGAGGGUUUUUGA